GUGUUGUCGCCCACAGAGCAGAGCACCCCAUCGCCGCUCUCUCCAGACUAUCGAACGAAGGGCCAGGCACAUGAGAAGGAGCAUUUUCACAUCCUUCCUCAGCUGCAGGCCAAGAGGGCGGACUUCCUCACUGUCAUGCUGACCGGCACCUUGCCUCAGCGCCGCAGCUUUGCAACGCCAGAAGAAGAAGUCCCUGAGCCUCCAGGGCCAAAGGAUGAUGACGUUACAAAGAGUGAGUCCAACAGUGAGGCCAGUCAGAAGAGCACUGAACGUAGCCAGGACGCUGCACCUUCCACACUCAUGGCUGAGGACCAGAGGGGGCAGAGGGAGCACGCCUCAGCUGCUGAUGCAGACCCUGACCUGGAGGACGCAUCUAAAACCCUCGUCCUGUUCUCACCGGGAGACACUCGCAAGUCUCCUUCUGGUGCUGAUCAUGUUCUAGAGGGUGAGUUAGCCACACCAUCUGCUCUGACGUCCCGUAAUGACCGCCUGCUGGGCGCAGAGGUGAUUCAGACUGAACCCUCCGAGACUGGCCGUUUGUCCCCAGCUCUCAGGUCAGAUCUGAGGCCUUCCACUCCCAUCGCUCCUGCAUCACCUCCCUUCACCAAAGUGGAGCGCACUUUCAUUCAUAUUGCAGAGACAUCACACCUCAAUGUCAUGUCUUCCAAUGGUCACUCUGCCAAGGAGAGUGACCGGGAAGUGUCUGCCAUCAUGAAAGAAUCAGUUCUAGAGGUUGAUAGCCAGGAGCAGGAAGGAGCCCCCGUAUCAGAGGAGACUCCACUGGAGCCUGUACCAGACCAAAAUGUACCAGCUGACAAACAUCCCAAAACUGAGAAUGGUCCGUCAACUGUCCUGGCACAGUCUUUGGAGCCUGUCCCAGAAGCAAUGUUGCUACUGAAUGAACAUAAAGAUGUGUCACAAGAACCUAAGAAACAGCUAUUAUCCAGUGAAGAAGCUGCCAAGCUUCAGAUAGUCGAAUCAGACAAUGCUGCCAUUAAACCCAGAAUCCGAAGCCGCAUCCCAGUGCUCAUCUCUGAAGAGGACUCAGGCUCAGAGCAGUCCUCCUCCCUCUCAGCUCGGGCUCGGCUUCAGCAACGGGCCAGACAGCUGGACUUGGCCCGUCUGCUGGUCCAGAAGCAACAGGGUCGAUGGAUGAGGAGGAGGAUGCUGUCUGGGACAUCAUCAUCAUUGUCUUCUGGGGAUGAUGAGCGUCGCAGGGCUUCUGAAACUUUGUCCACCACUGGCUCAGAGGAGGACACGCAUACCUCAGAUGAGUCCAGGAGGAGCUCCCGUCUCAAACCAACUGAUGAGCAAGGCUCCCAGGAGAGCAGGAGCAAGAUCCCCAGGCCCGUCACCCCCAUAAAGAGGCCCUCAGGAGGGUUUGCUACCGCUGCGCCUUCUCCACUCUCCUUGCCAGAUUCUAGCUCUACCAAAGGAGCGUCAUCCUUUAAUAACGGGAACCAGAAAAUUGGUCUAAGCACUCUCAGCACCCAGCGGAAAUCCAAGCCUGUCUCAUCCAGAGCCUCGUCCUCAUGUCCCCGUGCCUCGACUGUUCCUGCCCCGUCUGGAAGCCCUCGAAUGCCCCUACGAGUCUUGUUUGGAACCCGACGCAGCCUUAGCUCCACCCACUGCAGGACUGACAGUCCCUCCCCUCAGAGAGUAUGCCCAUCCAGGCAGCCCCUCUCGGUUCGAGCCCCAACUGUCCCCAUGCUACCACCUAGGACUACAACAACCAUGCGGCGCAGCGCCUCACAGGAAGCCACUGUGCAGUCCUCCUCUGCCACCACGCCAACCAGAACCAGGCCAAAGGCAGCUGGCACAGCUAAGGGGAAACUGAAUGCCAGGGAGAAGGCAGUGCCCGCUAGAUAAUACAAAGAGACUCACGU